AUGUCGUCGGAUUAUUCUGAUAUCCGUGUUGUGGUCGGUUUAGAUUUUGGAACAACUUACUCGGGGUUUACAUAUUGUCAUAUAUCUGAUGGAAAGAAUAAUCUUGUCACUAACGAUCAAUGGCCUGGCGAUAUUGGUCAAUUAAAAACAAAUACGGCACUUCAAUAUGACGAAAAUUAUGUUAAGAUUGAAUCAUGGGGAAUUUCAGCACUGUCGAAACGCCAAAAAAAAAAGAAAGAAAAUAAAAAUAGGCCUGCUGAAUUAUUUAAAUUACAUCUAGGGAAACUUGCAGAAAAUCUCAGACCAGAACUACCAGUAGAUUUUAAGAAGGCCAUUACUGAUUAUCUUAAAGAAAUUGGAAAGUCGAUUAAGGUUGAAAUUAAGUCUGCUUGGCAUGGAAUUGAUUUCUUUGAGAAUGUAUUUGUUAUUAUAACCGUACCUGCGGAAUAUUUAGAGAAGGAUAAAGAAAUCAUGAGAGAAUGUGCAUAUAAAGCCGGACUUAUUAAAGAAAAGGAAUCGAAAAAUUUACAAUUUACCACAGAACCCGAAGCUGCUGCAAUUUAUUGUAUGGAAAAUAAUUUGAAAACAUACGGUCUUAAUAUUCCUGGAACUACUUUCAUGAUAGUCGACUGUGGAGGCGGUACAGUAGAUUUGACUACACGAAAAGUAUUAAAGGACGGACAACUGGGUGAAGUUACUGAACGAGCUGGAGAUUAUUGUGGAAGUACAUUUGUUGAUAGGGAAUUUAUUAAAGUUCUACGUAAGAUUCUCGGAGAUGACGCAAUUGAUUUAUUAAGAGACAAACACUACGGACAAAUGCAAUAUAUGGUUCAGGAAUUCUGUCGUGAUGCUAAAAUGCCGUUCACCGGAGAAGAGUCCGAGUUUAAGAGUUAUGAAAUGGAUAUUGAAGAGGUAGUUCCUGUUAUAAUGAAAUGCGUGACAGAUGAAGUAAGAGAGAAGAUGGAAGAUAAAGAUUGGGUAAUAGAAUUUAAAUACAAUGAUAUCAAAUCAUUGUUUGAUCCUGUUGUUAACAGAAUCAUCAAGCUUAUACAAAUCCAGCUUGAUAAUACUAAAGAUGAAUGUUCUGCAAUGUUUCUGGUGGGAGGAUUUAGUCAAUCAAAAUAUUUACAAAAAAGAAUUAAAGAAAAAUUUCAGCAACGAAUUGAGAAUAUUUCAACUCCUACACUUCCUAUUGCAGCAAUAUCACGCGGCGCAACUUUAUAUGGAUUGAGUAUGAAAAAUUCAGAACCUAGUUCGGACAAUAAAGAUCCUCCUAAAUUUGUAAUAAAUGAACGUGUAUUGAAAUAUACUUAUGGAAUUAGAAUAAGUCCUAAAUGGAAAGAAGGAGAUCCAAUCGAAAGAAAACGUUCUAACGGACGAAUUCGUAAAUUUCGUUGUAUGGCGCGAAGAGGAACUAAAGUAAAAGUUAAUCAAGAAUUUACUAUAUUGCAGUUGCCAGCAUUCCCAGAUCAAGAUUCUAUCAAGUUUGUUAUAUAUUAUACGACCGAAUAUGAUGCAAAAUACUGUGAUGAAGAUGGGAUGGAAAAACUUGGAAGUCUCUCAAUUUCUCUUCCUGAUGUUCAGCUUGGAAUUGAUAGACCUAUAGAGUUUGGAUUAACAUUUGGACGAAUGGAAAUAACUGCUACUGCUAAAAAUAAUCGUAAUGGACAAAAUUACCAAGCUACUUUAACGUUAGAUAUAUAA